GUAAUAGAAUAUAGGAAGUUUUAUUUUUGCAAUCAUUAUAUUUCAUGUACCGAAUUUUAUUGUCGUGCAUUUCAUGCCUUACGGAUCGAGAAUUUAAUCGUGCUUACUAAGAAUUUUGCACGUUUAAAAAAUAAUUAUGUCUUCACGUAAGAAAAAUAAAAAAACCAAGGGACAGACUCUUGCAUUAACGGAGUUUUUGGGAGGAGUCCCGACAGUCCCAAUCAAGUCAACCAACUGGGCUGACGAUGUUGAAGACGAACAUGAUCUUGGGUCGUACAUGUCAAGAAGCAAUAAAGAGCCGGUUGUUUUACCAACGGCCCCUCGAGCAGCUCGUGGACCAGGAGUUGAUGAAGAGAAUAUCCCGACGAAUCCACCUUACGUUGCUUAUAUUUCAAAUUUGCCUUACGAUGUAGUUGAAUCAGAUCUUGCUGAUUUCUUUGAAGGCAUGGAGGUAUCUAAUAUGCGUCUUCCCAAAGAUUCAACCAAGCUACGAGGGUAUGGUUACGUUGAAUUCGCAGAUCGUCAAAGUCUUAUUGAUGCUCUUUCAAUGAGCAAUACGAUGAUCAAAACAAGACGUGUGAGAAUCGAGGUAUCUAAUAGCAGCAACGAUGAUCGUCGUGGUGGCGGACGCAUGGGAAUGGGUCGUGAUAAUCGGCGUGAUGGAUACGACGAUCCGGAACGAACCGCGGGAGAUUGGCGUAGCAAGCCCCGAGAAGAACCAUCUGGUGGAGACGAUCGUUUCCGAAGUCGUGGAUUUGAUGCUCGCGAACGACGGGGAGAGGAUCGUGAAAUUGAUAAUAAACCCGGCGGUUGGCGGGAGGGCGAGCGCAGUGCUCCAGCUUUCAGCGAGAGACGUGGUUUCCGUGGUGGUGAUGAUGAUAAACGUGGAGGUGGAUUCAGGGAUGAGGAACGCGGUGGCAGUUCAUCUUUUGGUGACAAACGUGGAUACCGCGAUGAUGACAAACGUGGAUUUAGGGAAGGAGGAGAAGGUCGUCGUGGGUAUCGAGAUGAUGAUGGCCGUCGUGGUGGAUUCAGAGAUGAUGAAUCUAAUUCUAGUACUUGGCGUUCUGAACCAUCUGCUCGACCGGUUGCUGAUAAUCCUCCAUCCGCUGAACCACGGACAAGGCCAAAAUUGAACUUGCAGCCACGUACUAAACCGAUAGAACCGAUUGCUGUAGUAGAACCAAAGGUAGAAGAGGAAGAAGUUAAACAAGGAGAAACAGAAGCAGAAGCAACUCCGGCUCCAGCACCAGUACCAUCAGCUAAUAUUUUUGGUGCUGCUAAACCCGUUGAUACUACUGCCCGAGAACGCGAAAUUGAAGCACGUCUUGCUAAGGCUUCAUCUGAGAAAGCAAACAAGUCUGAUGAUGGAGAAAACAAAGCCUGGCCGAAGCGCAACGGAGAAGGUCGUGGUGAUCGUGAAAAAGAAAAGCCACGAUCCGCGUGGCGCUCAGAUCAAGAUUCUAACAGAGGAAGGCCAGUGGACAGACGUCAGGAUCCUCCUCGAGGCAAUACCUCUGGUCGUUACGAACAACGCGGUGACUCUCAAGGAGAUUCAAAGAGUCACAAUUCACGAUCUGGUAAUUAUCGUGGUGACGGUAAAUCCACUGACUCUCGUCGUCAUCCCGAGAGAGAACGUAGAUCCAAAGAUCGAGAAGAUAACGUUCCACCAAUGCCGAAAGCCACUGAUGAAGAAACUCCCAAUUUUGUGGCUUCCAAUAAAUAUUCCAUGCUACCAGAAGAUGUGGACACUGAUAACAUCGAUAAUUAGUUUGCUCAUUCAUGAUUAAUUAAAAUUGUGCCACAAUGAUCAUGAUCUACAAUUUGUUUUAUCUGCAUUGAUCGAUUAACAUAUAACAGCGUACGGUUUACGACUAAACAUGUGAACUAUCUUUCGUUUUUUUUUUCUUUGAUUAAUUUCACUUUACAUUUUAUAUUUUCGUUUAUUUUACAACUUAUGUUAUUGAUGAUUAUUAUUAAUAUUAUUAUCAAUAUUAUUAUUGUGUACCUAUUCAUCAAUUUAUUCAUAUAGAGUGAUCGUCGAUUGUUUAUUGGAAAUAAUUUAUAAUAAAAUAAUAAAAAAUACAAAAAUUUAUUAAAUAUAAAAAAAAAAAAAACAAAAAUACAAAUAACGCUAAUAGCUUAAAAGCCUAAUUUUGGGGAAACUUGAAUUUGUAUCUAAUGAAUAGUUUCUUUAUAUGUAUUGUACAAUAUAUCUGAUGUAAAUGUAAUA